AUGGCUACUGGGAAUCCAGCGACCAAGCUUGAGGGAAGAAACUAUGCUCUUACUGUUUGUUGGCUUCUUGGAAAUGGAUGCCUUUUAGCGUGGAGCAGUAUGCUCACAAUAGUGGAUUAUUACGGUUAUUUGUUCCCUCGAUAUCAUCCAUCGAGAAUCCUUACCCUAAUAUAUCAGUCAUUCGCAAUUGGAGCACUUACUGUUCUUACUUACAACGAGGCAAAACUCAACACAAGACUUCGGAAUUUGUUUGGAUAUAGUCUUUUUUUCCUUAGUUCUCUUGCUGUUCUCGUGCUCGAUUUAGCUACCUCGGGAAAAGGAGGGAUUGGAUCUUUCCUUGGAGUUUGUGUCAUUAGUGCCACAUUUGGUCUCGCUGAUGCAAAUGUUCAAGGUGGAAUGAUUGGAGAUCUUUCUUUGAUGAGACCAGAGUUUGUUCAGGUAGCUUAUAUAUAUGGUCUCAUCGUUUCUAGGUGGCUUAGCAGCCUCAGGACAUUAACAUCUGGAUUGAGACUGAUCACAAAAGCUGCAUUCAAAAACUCGAGGGAUGGCCUUCGCAAGGGAGCUACUUUGUUCUUUGCCAUAUCUGCAUUCUUUGAGUUGCUUUGCGUCCUUUUGUACGCAUAUGUGUUUCCAAAACUACCAAUUGUGAAGUACUACCGUGCACGAGCUGCCGCUCAAGGAUCUAAAACUGUAUCGGCCGAUCUUGCAGCUGGUGGCAUCCAAGAGUUACCAAUGACACAGGACGAGGAAGGUCCAACGUCAAAUCAGCGGUUAAGCAACAAACAGCUGUUGUCAAAGAACUUAGAUUACGCCAUCAACUUGUUCUUGGUAUAUCUGCUAACCCUAAGCAUUUUCCCUGGAUUUUUGUCGGAGGACACGGGAAAACACAGUUUGGGAGAUUGGUAUGCGCUAGUGUUGAUAGCAAUGUUCAACGUGUGGGAUUUGGUUGGAAGAUACAUUCCGGUGGUCGAGAGGUUGAAGAUGGAGUCGAGAAAUGGUCUCACAAUAACAGCAGUGGGACGUUUCUUAUUGAUUCCUGCUUUUUAUUUCACGGCAAAAUAUGGAACACAAGGCUGGAUGAUUUUCUUGACGUCGUUUUUGGGAUUAACCAAUGGAUAUUUGACUGUUUGUAUCCUAACAUCAGCACCAAAGGGUUACAUGGCACCGGAGCAAAAUGCACUAGGAAACUUGUUGGUGCUAUUUUUGUCUGGAGGGAUGUUUGCUGGGGUCACUUCUGACUGGCUUUGGCUAAUUGGUAAAGGUUGGUAA